UCGAUUCGUAGUCCAAGUAAAUUAUCGUCAUCUAAGAGUCACAGUGUGUCAUUCUUUAAUAGCAAGUCUGAGUCGUCUGAAGGGGUGGCGUUUAAAGGAAAUCUUGAAGCGUCGGUUCUUCAGUUUGGAGAUCUGUUAGAUACAGAGGUAAGGUGGUCUUCAAAAAAAAAAAAAAAAUAAUAGUAAUCACAAAAAUUGGAUUAUUGUCGUGGCGCUUUUCUUUCAAGUAACUGCUAAAUAAGAGAGAAGUCUGAUGCGGCUUUACUUCUGCAACCUUGUCGUUCCGUCCGAUAAGGGUGACUACCCGUCGCUUUAAGCGUGAAAUUGGAGGGGCUUUGUAAAUCAAGAAAUGUGGAAGUGGUUUAAGACAUGAGUGGCUAAGAAUAAUCCUUGGUUUUCCUGAGAAACUACUAGAAAUGUUUUUGUCGAGCCUCCACCUCAAACGCAGGUAUGAAAACAUAUUUCAGUUAACAUGCACCUGCAGUCUACUCCGCCUUGAAUUCUUAUUAGUUAACUAAAAAAGAAAAAAGAAAAAACAGGGGGCUCAGUGAAAUUUAAAUAUGUCCAUUGCAGGAUACGUUUGGGUAAUUGUUAUAAGUACAGAAUACAUUAGCUGAGGCUCGUGAUCACAACGUUACGGAAUGCUUCGGGAAUAAACAUACACCGGCCUUAUUUAUUAUUAUUUUUUUCUUUUUUCAAGUCAGAAGAUUCUGAUGAAAGGGUAGAAUGGCAAGAGACUGGAAGUGAGUCCAGUGCCGAACACUUAGAGCUGCAGUAG